AUGCCUUCUUUUCAAACCAAUGCAGGCAGUGGUGGGUAUAUAAGUUCCUCUUCAAGUAGUCUGAAAAACUCUCCACCCAGUGAAAAGGAAGUUAGACCUAGAAAAAAGCGAUCAAGAAAAGGAUGCUUGAGUUGUAAAAGAUUGAAGAUAAAAUGUGACGAAAAUAAACCGGUUUGCGAAUAUUGCUACCACACGGGCAGAGAUUGUCUUUAUCCAGAAGUCGUGGUAACAGGUACAGAAACUGAGGAUUAUAAUCACGAAAGUGCUAGACUAUUAUCGUUUCAUGCUGCAACUCUAUUGAAUUCAAACUGGCAAAAUUUGAGGAUUUCCAAAUUCGAAUACAGGCUACUCCAUUUCUUUCAGACAUUCUGCGUGCCGUUGUUUUCCUUUAAUGUCAACUUCGAAAUAGAUAAAGUGUGGAGGUACGAAGUCCCCAAGCUUUGGCAAAGCUCAGACCUUGUUAAACAAGCUGUGUUUCUGUUCAGUGCGCUUAAUAUGUGGCCAUUGUGCAGUGGGGAUAGUGAUAUAUACGUUAAUGUCAUGGAUGAUGAACAAUUAAUGAUAAUGCUUGGCAAUAAAGGUAAGAGCGAGAUAGUACAAAAGUUGUUUCUUGGUGAUUCUCUGUAUUCCACAAGAGACGGGGCGGAUUUGGCUCGAGAGGGUAGUCUAUUUGAAAAGACUACUUCGUACUUCAUGAAUAGUUUAAGCAACACUUCGCAAACUUUAUCUGAAUCAGGAGCGUUACUUAGCAUGAAGGAACAGGGAGCUUUCGACACUAAGGAUGAAUUGGUUUUCAAAUCGGCAGAGCUAGUAAUAUCCGGGAUACUUAUAUUUUCAUUUCUUGGACUACAUCCACAUAAAUUAAUACCGUUGAUUGCCUUUGAUGAGGACCUGGAAGAUGGGUCGCAACAAACUGAUUUAAUAUCAAUUUGUGCGGGUAUUCACAAUACGCUUAUUGCUGCCUCCCCUACUUUGUUGGGCACAGCAUUUCGGGGACUCUUCAAUAACGUGGAAAGGUAUAGUAAGCUCCCAACUACCCAUAAAAGUUAUCCAGUGAUAAUCAAAUUGAAAAGCUGCUUGACAGAAUGGAUAAUGAUCAACCAAUUUGAUGAAUUAAUUGAUUCUGAAUCUUCUGAAAUUAUUGAGGUAUUCAAUGACUCGAUUAGCUUGUUAGAUAUAUGCUACUUUAGAGCAGUCGAGCUGAACUACCCAAUCCCAUUAUUCAGAUGGAUUUUGGCUAUUGACGGCAAAUUAAGGACUAUUGUGAAAACUAAAAAUCAAUUUGCAUUGAAGCUAUUAUAUUAUUAUGCUGUUUUAUGUGUUGUAUGCAGAUUUCUGCUCUUUAAGACUACUUCAGUAUGGAUCGAUUAUAUGAAAUGGUAUAGGGACUAUAAUAUCAAUGUGUACGGCAGCUGGUUGUACUCAGAUGAUUUGAACUUAUACAACUUAGUAUUUGAUCAGCAAUUCAUUUUCGAAUUAAAUGAAUUUUCUGACCUUGCUAAGCUUGACCCUGAUGACUUGUCUGCGCUCAUGAAGAAGUAA